AUGAGCUUUAUUUUCGACCUUGUAAGAAAUGUAUUUCUUAAGAUGUUGCAGUUAAUUUGGUUUAGCAAGCGGGGAGUAACAAAUUCGCUAAGUAUAUUUAUUAAAACGAACACUGGAAAUACACUUGCCGUAGACUUAAAUCCGAAAUGGGAUAUAAAAAACUUAAAAGAAGUAGUAGCCUCUCGAAUGGGAACAUCACCUGACGAUAUAAAAAUUAUUCUCGCAGGUAAAGAAUUGCAUAAUUCAACAAUAAUAGAGGAAUGCGAUUUGGGCCAACAAAGCGUUUUGCACGCAAUUCGAAUUCCAUCUAGAAAACUUAAUAGAAGCAAAGAUACAAGUACCAUCGAAGAAUCUUCUGAAAUAUCUGAAUUGAACGAUAGUGGUGGCAAGCCGAUGAAUGAAACUCUUUCUGAUUUACCUUUGGAUGAAUCAGAUCCGCAAGAAAAUUCAUCUAUAACAGAACAGUCGGAAAAUCGCGCUCAUUUUACUGUAUUUUGUUCGACACCAUGCAAAGCAGUUACAACAGGAAAGUUAAGAGUGAAAUGUGCAACUUGUAAUAGUGGGGCAGUUACGGUAGACAGAGAUCCUCAAUGUUGGCCUGAUGUACUACUUCCACAAAGAAUAACUGUUCAUUGUGAAAAUGAUUUGUGUCCCGCACCUAUAUCUUUUUCUGACACUGAUACGGAAUCUCAAGUUUUAUACGCUCGCUUUUAUUUUAAGUGUACAAAACACGUUAGUCUAGGAGAAGGAGACGAAGCAGUUCCACUUUAUCUUAUAAAACCAAAUUUAAGAAAAAUACCUUGUCUUGCAUGCACAGAUGUCAGAGAUAUAGUAUUGGUGUUUCCAUGCGAGGCUGGUCAUGUAACUUGUCUAGAUUGCUUUAGAAAUUAUUGUUCAGUACGUUUAAGAGAACGUCAAUUUCAAUUCGAUGAUACUAAAGGAUAUUAUACUCUUGCAUGCCCAGCUGGAUGCCCAGAUUCUUUUAUACCGGAAGUUCAUCACUUCCAUCUCCUUUCUCCAGAGCAGUAUGAACAGUACCAGAGAUUUGGUACAGAAGAAUACGUUUUACGCGCUGGUGGUCUUUUAUGUCCAAGACCAGAUUGUGGCAUGGGUAUUAUACCAGCAACUCCAGACGAUGGUAGCAGUAACGAUGAAUGCAGAAGGAUUCAGUGUAUUGGUGGCUGCGGAUACGUCUUCUGUAGGAGAUGCUUACAAGGAUUUCAUGUAGGAGAGUGUGAAUUGCAGUCAUCCGAAUCUUCCAAUACAAUAUUAAAAUCUGAUGGAUAUCCGGUGGAUCCGUUAAGAGCUAAAGAUGCAAAGUGGGACGAAGCUAGCAAGAAAACUAUACAAAUAUCAACGAAACCGUGUCCAAAAUGUAGGACACCAACUGAAAGAGACGGAGGAUGCAUGCAUAUGGUUUGUACGAGAGCAGGUUGUGAUUAUCAUUGGUGUUGGGUAUGUCAAACUCAAUGGACAAGAGAGUGUAUGGGUAAUCAUUGGUUUGGUUAAUGUAUAAACAAUCUGAUAUUGAUAUAUACAAAGAUAAAAAAAUAAAUUAUGAUGAGUAUUUUCUGAAAAAGUAUAAUGUCAUUCUAGUCAAUUUAAGGACAUACAGGAUGGAUAUACACCGUAUAUUCUAGAUUUACACAGUUAUUAUUGCACAUAGCGAAAAAUGUUUUAGAUCAA